AUCCCAUCUACCACUACCUCGCCGACGCCUGCAACAAUUCCUCCGCCGGCCGUCAGCCGCCUUGAAUCCAUCCAUAUUGCGCUCAAUCCAUCUCUCCCAACCAGCGCCGCCCUUCAAACCUCCGCUCGGCCGCCAAACUUCCACAGCACAUCGCAAUGGCGCAUCGCAUAAUAACCCAAGUCGUCCUCACCGGCUCGCGCAUCCUCGGCCGUGCCUUCGCCGAAUCGUAUCGACAAGCCGCCGCUUCCCAAAAAUACGCCGCCGCCGCCUCGAAAAACCCAAACACUACAACCUUCUCCGCCUCCGGCCUGACACUCGACGAAGCGUGCAAGAUCCUGAAUGUGCCGCCACCAAAGGGCGGAGAGACGAACCUCACGGCUGUGCAAGAGCGAUUCAAGAAGCUGUUUGAUCUGAAUGACCCGAAGAAGGGAGGGAGUUUUUAUCUGCAAAGUAAGAUUCUGCGCGCGCGGGAGCGGAUAGAGAUGGAAGUGCGGACGGCGGAGGAAGUGGCGGCGAGAGAGGCAGAGUUGAAGGAGGGGUGGAAGCCGAAGGUGUUCAAGGACCGGUAGUGGUAGGUUGGAUGGGGCGGUGGUUUGACGAUAUUCUCCUCUCUGGGUGCCUCCGGUCAAGGGGUCCGCGACACAUGUGGGCGUGUUGGUUGGGUUUGGGGUUGGGGUGGCCGGGAGAACCUGAGCAUUUGGAGACACACCUUCGAUUGUUUCGUCAUAUAAGGCGGGACGAUAUUGGACAGCAUUAGCAUGGCGUUUGGGGCAUUGUAGAUCAUCUCUGUAAAAUAGCACCCUACGACGGUUGUAAAUACAUUGCACGUAAAGAGCUUAGGAUAUUGAAAUGUGUGAAGUUGAUAUGGCCC